AUGGGAUCUCUUGGCCCGUAUCAGCGAAAGCACAAGGUGGCGGUGGUGGGCUCCGGCAACUGGGGCACCGCGAUCGCCAAGAUCGUCGCCGAAAACACGGCGGCCAACUCUGACAUCUUCCAGGAAAAGGUGGAAAUGUGGGUGUUUGAGGAGAACGUCGAGAUCCCCAAGACAUCCAAGCACUACGAUCCCGCUCAAACCUCCCCCCAGAAGUUGACCGAGGUGAUUAACCGAAUCCAUGAGAACGUCAAAUAUCUUCCAGGAAUUUCGUUGCCAGCCAACCUGCACGCCAACCCGUCGCUGGAGGAGACCGUCAAGGACAGCACCAUCCUGGUCUUCAACCUGCCGCACCAGUUUAUCAUCAAGACCUGUGAGCAGCUGAAGGGCAAGAUCCUGCCGUAUGCCCGUGGCAUCUCGUGCAUCAAGGGUGUUGAUGUCAACGAGGAAGGUAUCAACCUCUUCUCGGAGACGAUCGGCAAGACCCUUGGGAUCUAUUGCGGUGCGCUGUCCGGCGCGAACAUCGCGAACGAGGUAGCACAGGAGAAAUGGUCCGAGACGAGCGUGGCCUACGACCCGCCGCACAUGGACUCCAAGGCGCCCACCCCUCAGCGAACCCCGAAUGCCUCCCAGGUCGACCUCGUGCAUUUUGAACACAAGGACACCUCGGGCCAGUUCUCGCAGGUGAAGCUGCAGGCACUGCCGUCGGAGUACCCGCCCGUCGACCAUGCCGUGCUGAAGACGCUCUUCCACCGCCAUUACUUCCACGUGCGGGUUGUCAAUGACGUUGCUGGCGUGUCCAUCAGUGGCGCCCUGAAGAACAUCGUCGCUCUGGCUGCGGGUUGGGUGGAUGGCAUGGGCUGGGGCGACAAUGCCAAGGCCGCUGUUAUGCGGGUUGGACUGCUGGAGAUGGUGCGCUUUGGCGAGAAGUUCUUUGGCGCCACGAUAGACACCCGCACCUUCACCGAAGAGAGCGCGGGUGUCGCCGAUCUGAUCACCAGCUGCAGCGGUGGGCGAAAUUUCCGCUGUGCCAAGCUCAGCGUUGAGCGCAACCAGCCCAUCGAGGAGGUUGAGAAGUCUGAACUCAACGGCCAGAAGCUCCAGGGGACUUUGACUUCCGCGGAGGUCAACAAGUUCCUGACGAAGCAGGGCCUGGAGGACCAGUUCCCUCUGUUCACUGCUGUUAACCAAAUCCUGGAAGGCAAGAUGUCGGUCGCAGACAUUCCUUCGCACAUCGAGCGGUAA